GUCAGGAAGCGACGGACGCCGCCAUCGUGCGUCACUUCCUCGGCUCGUCGGUAGGCAAGUCUAACUGUCGUAAACCAGUGGUUGAAGUAAGACAUGCUACUCUUCCAAGCGCUGAAGGCUGUUUUGGAAAGUUGACGGUGUCGUUGGUCCUGCCGGUGGAAGCGAGCAUGUCUUUUCGAGGCGGAGGUCGUGGAGGCUUUAAUCGAGGCGGUGGAGGUGGCGGCUUCGGUCGUGGCGGCGGCGGCAACAACCAGUUCCGAGGUGGAGGUGGCGGCAAUUUCAGAGGCGGCGGCGGCAAUUUCAGAGGCGGCGGUGGCGGCAGAGGAGGAUUUGGACGUGGGGGUGGCCGCGGAGGCUUUAAUAAAGGCCAAGACCAAGGACCUCCAGAACAUGUAGUUUUAUUAGGAGAGUUCCUACAUCCCUGUGAAGAUGACAUAGUUUGUAAAUGUACGACAGAUGAAAAUAAGGUGCCUUAUUUCAAUGCUCCAGUUUAUUUAGAAAACAAAGAACAAAUUGGAAAAGUGGAUGAAAUAUUUGGACAACUUAGAGAUUUUUAUUUUUCAGUUAAACUGUCAGAAAACAUGAAGGCAUCAUCCUUUAAAAAACUACAGAAGUUCUAUAUAGACCCAUAUAAGCUGUUGCCACUGCAGAGGUUUUUACCUCGACCUCCGGGUGAGAAGGGACCUCCAAGAGGUGGUGGCAGGGGUGGUCGUGGAGGAGGAAGAGGAGGAGGAGGAGGCAGAGGUGGUAGAGGCGGUGGCUUUAGGGGUGGAAGAGGAGGAGGUAGAGGUGGAGGCUUCAGAGGAGGAAGAGGAGGGAGUGGUGGUUUCAGAGGGAGAGGACAUUAGGUGUAAAAGUUGACAGAAGAACUUUACCAGUUGAUUUCUGCAUUAACCUGCAUGACCUACUUCUGGGGAUCAGUGAUUUGUUUUUUGAACAAGUCUUGAAGUCCUGGGGAUUAUAUGACCGUGGCAUUCGGAUGUCAACAUCACUCAAACAUGAGUGCGGCAGAACAGGAGGCAUUUAUGCUCUAAAGGGAUCUGAACAAGUGUUCUUAUGUUUUGUAUUCUGCUUGGAAUUGUGAUUGCUUAAUAAAUGGACAGUUUUCCUAUGAAGCAUAUUUGAAUUUUUAUAAUAAAAGUGUCUUUUAUCCCUUUAA